CAUGCCAAGAGCGUGCGUGGGCUGCUCUGUUCCAACGCAACCAAUUACCCAUCACACACGGCGGGUGGCCGACACACGAGACGAUUAUAUUGGCGGAUCAAUGGCGCGAGGAGCAACGGAACACACGAUCCAGAGAAUGAAUUGACACUCAUCUUGGCUCACUGGAACCUACGAUGGAUCUUGACAAGACGAACACGGUGGCCGGCGACGGCGCGGCCAACGGGCACGAUGUAGAGCAGGCUCGCCGUGGCCAGGAGCCGGCGCCACCGCCUGCCGGCCACGCCACCAAGGGCCUCGCCGUCGGCCACCUCAUCCGGGAGCUGGUGCUGGAGGGCGUGGCGACGUUCCUGGUGGUGUUCUGGUCGUGCGUGGCGGCGCUGAUGCAGGAGAUGCACCACGGGCUCACCUUCCCCACCGUCUGCCUCGUCGUCGCCCUCACCGUCGCCUUCGUGCUCGGCUGGAUGGGCCCCGCGCACCUCAACCCCGCCGUCACCGUCACCUUCGCCGCCUUCCGCUACUUCCCGUGGCGCAAGCUGCCGCUCUACGUCGCCAUGCAGAUCGGCGCUUCCGUGCUCGCCUGCCUCUCCGUCAACGCCAUGAUGGAGCCGCACGAGGACAACUUCUACGGCACCGUGCCCAGGCCGCCCGGGGCCGGCGCCCGGCUGCCGUUCCUCCUGGAGCUCCUCGCCUCCGCCGUGCUCAUGAUCGUCAUCGCCACCGUCGCCAGGAGCUCCGCCAGCAAGGCGGUUGGAGGGAUCGCCAUCGGGGCGGCGGUCGGGACGCUGGGGCUGGUGAUUGGGCCGGUGUCGGGAGGGUCGAUGAACCCGGCGAGGAGCCUUGGCCCGGCGAUCGUCUUCGGGCGGUACACCUCCAUCUGGAUCUACGUCACCGCGCCCGUCGCCGGCAUGCUGCUCGGCGCGCUCUGCAACAUGGCCGUCCGACAGUCCGACGUGGUCGUCGGCUUCCUCUGCGGCGGCCGGGGCGCGUCCAGCAGGGUGGUCGUCGUCGGUCGGUCCGUCGCCUGAGCGCCUUGAACGAACUAGCCGGCUAUACGUGCACGGUGCACGGUGCACCCCGGUUGCAUAUGGCAUGGGUUGGUGCCUGCAUGUACCGCUAGCUACAGGUGUAUCGUUUAACGGAUUUUGGCCCGUAUCGGGAUGGAUCUGAUAGUGCACGCUCCAAGAAGAACAUAUGAUUAUAUAUAGAAGAAGGGGAAAAAAACAAUUUUCUGU